GGCCCAGGCUUCAUUCAUUGUUUCCAGUUUCCAGCAAUGGCUGCCAUUACCUGACCAGCUCCGCAGCCAGUCUGGUCUCUCGUGGCCUGGGAGAAGUUACCCGCGUGGUCGCUCUGCUUUUCACAGGCAGCUUUCUCAUCUGUUGUGUGUGAAAAGUGUCUUCCGCCCCAGGGGCAUGGCCUGAAGGCAGAACUAACUGCCCAAAGCCUUCACUCUCAGAAUGCAGCUCUCUUGGACCCAAGUGAGCAAGAUGUGGCUUGGAGUUCUGCUGACAUUUCUGCUUUGUUCAGGCCUUGACGUACAAGAAAACUCUUUCACCAUCAACAGCAUCCACAUGGAGUUCCUGCCAAAGCACUUGGUGCAAAAUGGGGAGAACCUGACCCUGCAGUGCAUUGUGGAUGUCAGCACCACCUCGCAUGUCAAGCCUCAGCACCAGGUGCUGUUCUAUAAGGAUGAUGUGCUGUUUCACAAUGUCUCCUCCACUGAGAACAUGGAGAGUUAUUUUAUCCCCCAAGCCCGGGUUUAUAACGCAGGAACAUACAAAUGCACUGUGAUUCUGAACAACAAGGAGAAAACCAGUGUGGACUACCAGGUGUUGGUGAAAGGAGUGUCCAAUCCCAGAGUGACGCUGGACAAGAAAGAGGCAAUAGAAGGAGGGGUUGUGAUGGUCAAUUGCUCUGUCCCAGAGGAAAAGGCCCCGAUACAUUUCACAAUUGAAAAAUUCAAACUACAUACAAAAGGUGUCAAGCAAAAAAGGGAAAAAACUUCUCAGAACCAGAAUUUUGUGACUCUGGAAUUCACAGUCGAGGAACAGGACCAUGUUAUAUCAUUCCAGUGUCAAGCUGGGAUUGUUUCUGGGACCAAUGUGGAGAAGUCUGUAUCUGUCAGGAGUGAACUCGUCACCGUGACAGAAUCCUUCUCUAAUCCCAAAUUCCACAUCAGCCCCGAGGGAAUGAUCACAGAGGGAGAUCAGCUCCUCAUUAAGUGCACCAUUCAAGUGACUCACCUGGUCCAGGCAUUUCCAGAAAUCAUAAUCCAGAAGGACAAGGUGAUUGUGGCACACAGCAGGCACGGCAAUGAAGCCACCUACUCAGUGAUGGCCAUGGUGGAGCACAGCGGCAACUAUACGUGCAAAGUGGAAGCCAGCCGGAUAUCCAAGGUCAGCAGCAUCGUGGUCAACAUAACAGAGCUGUUUUCCAAGCCAAGGCUGGAAUCUUCUGCCACACGUCUGGACCAGGGUGAAAGCCUGAACUUGCGGUGCUCCAUCCCAGGAGCGCCUCCAGCCAACUUCACCAUCCAGAAGGGAAACAUGACUGUGUCACACACUCAGAAUUUCACCAAGAUAGCCUCGGAGUGGGACAGCGGGACAUACACCUGCCUCGCAGGCAUUGGCAAGGUGGUCAAGAAAAGCAGCAUGGUGCAGAUUGCCGUGUGUGAGAUGCUCUCCAAGCCCAGGAUUUUUCAUGAGUCCAGGUCUGAGGUGAUAAAAGGACAGACCAUAGAAGUCAGUUGCCAGUCCAUAAACGGAACCUCACCUAUUUCUUAUCACCUCUUAAAAGCAAGCAGUGUUUUGAAGAAAUGUAGCAUGAGCUCAAACGACCCUGCAGUAUUCAAAGAUAACCCAACAAAAGAUGUAGAAUACCAGUGUAUUGUGGACAAUUGCCAUUCCCAAAACAAAAUGUUCAGCGAAGUUCUGCGGGUCAAGGUGAUAGCCCCGGUGGAUGAGGUCACGAUCUCUAUCUUCUUGAGUGAGAUGGUGGAAUCGGGGGAGUCCUUUGUGCUUCAAUGCUCCGUGAACGAAGGGUCUGGUCCAAUCACCUACAGGUUUUACCGAGAAAAGGAGGGCAGGCCCUUCUACCAAAUCACCUUGAAUGACACCCAGGCCAUGUGGCACAAGCAGCAUGCUAGCAAGGAGCAGGAGGGACAGUAUUACUGCACAGCUUCCAACAGAGCCAACCCCGCCAAAAACAUGCCCCGAAGCAACGUGCUGACGGUCAGAGUCUUUCUUGCCCCAUGGAAGAAAGGACUUAUUGCAGUGGUUGUCAUCGGAGUGAUAAUCGCCACCUUGGUACUUGGGGCCAGAUGCUAUUUUCUGAAGAAAGCCAAGGCCAAGCAGAUGCCAGUGGAGAUGUCCAGGCCAGCAGCACCACUUCUGAACUCCAACAAUGAGAAGAUACUGUCGGAUCCCAAUGCUGAAGCCAACCAACAUUAUGGUUACAAUGAAGAUGUUGGAAACCAUGCAAUGAAACCAAUAAAUGAAAAUAAAGAGCCUCUGACCUUGGAUGUGGAGUACACGGAAGUGGAAGUGACCUCACCUGAGCCCCACCAAGGUUUGGGAACAAAGGGCACGGAGACGGUGUAUAGUGAAAUCCGGAAAGCCGACCCUGGUUUCGUGGAAAACCGAUAUUCUAGAACGGAAGGCUCCCUUGAUGGAACUUAGGACUCGGGAGGAGACGCUCCUCCCGGGAGGACACCCACAUUCCAAGAGGAGCAGAUGAUUCCUGUGUUCCAAGAGCUCUGUGCGUUAUUUAUGAACCUGCCCUGCGCCCGCUGACCGUAGACUUCCUCAGGCCAAGUUCCCAGUUCUUAAGUCCAUCUUAGUCCACUUGUGUUGGGUAUAAGGAGAGACAGCGGCGCUGGUUCCUUUCCCACACAGCCCACCUCCCACCAGGCCGACGCACGCAUGGGAGUGGGGAGCAGCAGGCAUAGGUUCCGAGUAAACAGGCCAUGGGAUAUUUUGAAACUUGAAUAUUUUGCCUUGUACAGAGAUGAAGAACCCUUCCAAGUACCCUCUUGCACAUAAACCUGUCUUUGUUUUGCAGUCAAUCACUCCUAGUGCAGGGCCCGGCUUAGGGGCUAGUUUUUCUCUUUGCCUUGGGUCCUUCCAAGGCCUGUGGUUCUGGGGAGUCCUUGUUCCUUGGAAGGGCACAGACCAGGCAGCUGCACCCUGUCCCCUCUAUGACUUCGCCUGCCACAGAGGAGAAAACCGUGCUGGUUGGGAGUGAUCCUUUUGAGAAGCCAGCUUGGAGACAAGCCUCACUCUGGACAACGCACAAACUCGAAAAUGAAAUUGGACAAAGCGCAGAUGUUCUUACGCUGUUCUCCUAUACCCUUUCUUUCUCUUCCUCUACUGUGCUGAAGGCUAAGAGACAGGAAGAUGAUUGCCUACAGCAAAUAGUAUUUUUAAUAGAAAAAUGAAAUGCAUAUUUUUCUCACUAAUUUUUUUUUAUUUAUUCCUUGCUAAAGAAAUGGUCUCCUGAGGUCUUAAGAUGUUUCUGAUGGUGUCUUGAGUGGGUGCGUGGAUGAGGGGCUGUGGCCAUUUUGCCGUGGAAUUUCAUGAGUGAUCACACCUAACUGAAACCACUUCCCCCACCUGCCUCAAUGAUACAAUUGCAGGGACCCUGUAGGGUGUUGUGUUAAAUAAAUUUGACCUAUACUCUUCACAGACCUGUGAAAUGUCAUCUUCUGAGAGGCCACAUGCCUAGAGAAUAUCUGUAGUGCUCAAGGACUCCUCACGCCUUCUGAAGUCACAGAGAAACAAGCCGGUCUUAACCAGCAGCCGGUCUCACCCAGGUCAGGAGCCUCUGUGGCCUCCAGUGAAGUCAGGGCCUGAGUCUCAAACACUGAGUCAUUAUUAUCCACUGAGCAAAAAAACAACAAAGCCCCAAAACACCCAGGAUGCCCUGUUAAAUUUGAAAUUCAGAUAAACAAUGAAUAAUUUUUUUAUUAUAAGUAUAUCCCAUGUAACAUUUGGGAUAUACUUAUACUAUGAAAGUAGUCAUUUAUCUGAAACACAAAUUUAAUGAGGCAUCUUAUAUUUUACUUGGUAACCUACCGACAAAGCACCCUCCCAUCCGUCUGAGCCUCAGGACUCACCCUCCCCAGUGGCUCCUGAUCAGACCUCUGCCUGACACCAGGUGCGCAUCCGAGCACCGCCCCACUGGGCUGAAGGCAGGGCAGGGGGAGAUCCGAGUGUGUGUCCUAGCGCUGCCGAAUUGCAACUGCUGAAGUCUGAAGGAGUCUCUUAGCCUCUGGACUGCAGAACCUUCAUCACUGAAGUCUGGAGAUUAGACUAACCAUCGGAGGGUUUAGACUCCUUUGAAAAUAUAAUGAAAGCCAUGGACUCACAUACACACACACACACACACCAUAUUACAAAAAAAACCAUUUCCCAGUUUUUGGGACCAUGGACUCAGGUUGGGGGCAAAGGACUGGAUGCUCUCUAAGGACCUUCAAGUCUGAUAGUUGACAUGCCAAUGGCGUCCUAAUGUCAUGACGUAAGCCAGCAUCCAGGCCUGAGCUGUCACUUAACAAGAGCACCAGUCACCAGCUCCCAGAGAGGCUCUUUUCUUGUGGUGGAACUUGUUAGUUAGAGCCCCCUCUCAUGUCCCCAUGUUGUAAUAGGUCAAUAAAAGACUUAAGAUGCUC